AUGUUCUUUAAGGCAUCAUUUUCUCCUCAAAUCAUGUUAUUUGCCCUCUUUGGCUUAUGUCUGCCCCUCGAAGUAAUACUAUCUCGUUUCGAUUUUCCUAAGAAUGGCCAAAAUUCUAUUCAAGAGGCCUCGAUUCAAGAAAUUUACCAAUCAUUUUCUUCAGUUGAAUGGCAUGAAUGCAACUUUUCGACUAUAAGAAGUUGCGUUUCUGAUUAUCCAAGUAGUUCAGUAUUACUAGAUCUUUCGGAUUCUUCUGAUGCCCAGUCUAUUAUUUCCCAAGUUUGUGCAGGCUACUCUAUGAUCCACCUCGUUUACCAAGAUGGAUUUUUAUAUCAGAACGGGUGGACUUAUUCUGUUAUCUCGUCAGAAACUGAGCAAUUAAACGCUUUUUUAUCAGUCUUAAAGUAUUUUGGCUGGAAUCAAGGAAUUGUUAUUAGCAACCAAUAUAACUCAAAUUGAAAAGAAAAAAUUACUGAAAACUAUUCAGGAUUAGAAGUUUUUAACGUUCAGCUAGGUACAAAUAUUAAAGAUUUCAUUGAUAAAAUAGUUUUUCCACUAGGUGCAACGCUUUAUUACGUUUUCACUUACCCUAUCUUGUCGUCACAAAUUCAGGGUUAUAUGAAAAUAAGGAAAUUACUGGAUAAAGGGCAAGGAAUUAUUUUGAAUCAAGAAAGCGGGUAUUGCGAAAAUAAUGAUGGUGCUUUAAUAAUAGUAAAAUCUGGCUAUGAAUUUGUGAUUUCAAAGGAGGAAUAUUUCAAAAAAGCUACAAUAGAUGCUAUUUAUUUAUUAGAAAAAAAUGAAAAUUUGAAGGAUUACAAAGAGUUUCUAAACUCUAAAUUACAAAGAAGCUAUGAAAAUCAAUUUUCAUUAGUUAAUAUCCAGGAUGGAAAAAGAGUUAUUGUAGGUUCUAUCAUCAACGGCAACGUUUCCAUAUCAGGAAAUUUAAAUUUUCCUGGCCAAACAAGUCAAAUCCCAAAGUCAACAAAAAAACUCUUGCAAUUAAGCAUAAAUGCAGGCACCACAAAUCCUGGGUCAUCCCCAAUUUAUAAUGCAUUAGUUGGCGCUCGAGGGACUUUUGCAAUUCAAAAAAAAAUCAAUGAAGGAAAUGAUAUCCUAUCAAACUUCCAACUCGAUUUUUUCACCUAUGACUGCGGAGUCACUAUCUUUAAUUCCACUUUUGCCCAAGCUUGCUUCACCAAAAAUAUAGACAAGGUUGGCUUUGCUCACAUUGCAGGCUUUUCUUCAAUGGUGGCUGUUGGGACAAUCCAAUUAUUUGGAAAACUUAAUAUUUCAGUUCCUAUAAUUGGUGCUGCAAAUGGUGAUGAUUUACUGAACUCUACAGCUUUAUUCCCAAUGUAUUCAAGAGUCCAGCUAUCACAGUCUUUUAUUUGUUCAAAAUAUCUAGUUGUAAUUAGAGGAAUGGGCUGGAAAACUGCUGCAGUGUUAUAUCAGAAGGAUCUUUGAGGGGCCACUGUUUAUUCUCUUGUAAAGCUAUUUGCUGAAAAAUAUGGGAUCGAAAUUUUAAAUCCAGAAGAAUCAAGAUCAAUACCAGUCGGAUUAGAUAGAACUCACAUAAAAAACGCUACAAAUCAGCUGAAAAAAGUCAUAAAUUCACAAGCAAGGCUUUUAGUUUUACUUGUACAACAUCCGCUAGGAAAUUAUAUAUUAGAAUGGCUUUAUGACUUAGGGGCAAGAAAAGGAGACUUUGUAAUCUGUGCUGGCUUUCCAGAUCUGCCCUUAUUUAUUUCUAUUCAGGAUGAUUAUUUAUAUAAGAGGCUGGAGACUGGAAUCCCUAUGUUUACUAUUUUAGGCGAAACUUGGUCAGAGGAAUUUGGUAAAGAUAUUUAUAAAAGAAUCCUCACUAAUUAUAAGUCAGAGCCAAAUACUUUUUCCUGCACAUAUGCUGAUGCUACUUAUAUGAUUGCUAUUGCUUUAGAUUUUAUGAUAAAUAGAGGAUUAGACUAUACUGAUUCUAGAAAACUCAUGACAGCAAUAAGAAGCACCCAAUUUCAUGGCUGCACUGGACUUGUACAGCUCGAGAAAGGCAGCAAUGAUAGAAUUGUUGAUACAUUGAUAAUUGCAGGUGUAAAAUUAAUUGAUGAAACCCCUUCCCUUUACUCCAUUGGGGUUUUUCAACCUUUUAGCUCGAAAUUAAUAUCUAUUAUAAAUCCAAUGAUAUACGCUGACGGGUCUACCUUAAAACCAUCUGAAUACCGCAGCUCUGACUAUGAUUGUCCAUUUCCUGACCGAGAAAUUAAAUCCUUUGAUAAAGGUAAAGGCCUUUUAUUUGGAAUUUGUUUUUCUGUAGCUUUAGUUAUGAUUAUUAUCACAUUUUUUAUAUGGAAAAGAUGGUGGAAUGUCUCUAUAGAGCCGCUUAUCACAAAAGAAGAAAUGUCGAUCCAAGAUUUAAUUGUCGGACUUACUAUUGGAAUAGAAUUUUUUCAAUAUGCAGCCAUGGGACCAAGUUUUAAGGCUAUUAAUACUUUUUUAUCAGAUUUAAGUGGAUUGCUUUCUAUGAAGCUAGAAGAUGUGAUAAAACUGAAAAACGGGGUAUUUUGGAUUGUUGUGGAUUUUGUGUUUGGAGGGAUUGGAAUAUGGGUCAUUCUUUGUGCUGUUGUAAUAUUGGAGCUUGAUGACAGAAUAAGGUUUCUUUCGAUAUUUAGGUAUCUAAGGUGGCUUGCUGACUGCUUGAUGCCUAUUUUAGGAAAUCUUUGUUUUAUCCCAUUUACCUCAAUAUGUCUUGAUAUAUUCCAAUGUGACGAAUCAAUAGGAGACAAUUUUACUGAUAGCUUUCUUGCUAAAGACUGCUAUUAUUUCUGCUGAAAAGGCAAGCAUUUAAUAUACGCGAUUAUGUCGUUCUUUGCUCUGCUGUUUUAUCAGCCAUUAGCAGUCUAUUGUCGUCCUCUUUGGCAAGACCUGCAGCCUACAUUGCAUGUGUUUACUUCUCCUGUUUUUCUUAUGGUAAAAACAGUUAUUCAAACAACUUUGAUAGUAAUGAGUAUAACAUUGAAAAGAUCAUACGCAAUCCCUCAUGGGAUCAUCUUUAUCCUUAUUAUGACAGCUUAUACUGUAUUUAUUUUUAAAUUUAAGCCGUAUAAUUAUCCAAGAUUUAGCUGAUGGCAAGGUGUAAGUAUGAUUGGAGUAGUAUGGCUUGCUUUAUUGUCGAUGAUUGGGCGAAAAGCUGAAGGCAAAGAUCUUUCUGUUGUGCUUUUAAUUAGUUUGAAUGUAGGGUGGAUUAUUAUUAUUGGAAUUGGGUUUUAUGUACAAAAUAUAAAAUAUCCGAGUUUGCUUUAUAGGAAAAAAGGAAUUGAUACAAGUCACUUCAUAAUAAUAAAAUGGCUACGCACGGAAGCUGUUCUCUUCGAAAGCCCUUUUUAAUUACCGAAUUUAUUAUUAUAGGUUCGUUUUAUCUGAUUAUAUCUUUAUUCACAUGUCAAGCAUGGCUUACCGUAUAGAGAGUAGGACAGUAUGUCCAAGGAUUCUAUGAGCAUAAGAGUAUACCAUUUGGCACAUUCGAGGAGGUUGAUGCUCAAAGCGGAGCAUCCACAGGGAUUAAGCUCAGAGAGAGGCAGUGCACCCUGUGUGCGGCUGGGGUCGUAGAGAUUUUCGAAUGACCCCACCUUUUUGAUGACUUAGGAUUGCCCGAGAAAUUAUCAGUCGGGACUUAAGGGUCAGCCCAAGCAAGCCUAAAUCAUUCUUCUUAAGAAUUUGGCACGUUAGGCACUAAAUAAUUAAUUAUUUAAAGAUGCAAGUCACUUGUUUAAGUUUGCAUUCACUUUUGGAAAAAGUUCACAAAUUACACUGUCAAAGAUAUCGAAAAGCUCACUGAUGAAAUUGUAG